AUGCGCCCACCGCUGGGGGUUCCCACGACCGAGGACCCGAGGAACCCGUUGGAGGGUUCCCUGCUCAGAUUCCUGGAGUUGGGGGACGCCGGGAGGGAGCCCGGUACGGACGGCGUCGCGAACGACAGCGGGGACGUCGGAACCUCGGGCGACGGGAACGUCGACUCCGAGCGCGAUGCCCCGGGCGCGUUGGAGGAGUUCAUGCAGGACCUGGGUUUACUCGAGGUCCGAGACGCGCUCGGGGUGGCGUUGGGAGUGGACGACGAUCUGGGCGUCCGGCCGGACGACGACGACGACGACGACGACGACGAGGGGGUUGCCGAGGGUGCCGACGCGAGCCCGACGUCGCCGAGGUCCGCCGCGAUAGCCAAAGCGCGUGCCGCGGCACUUCGGGGCACCCAGUCCGAGGCGGCGAAGAAGACGGCCAUCAGGCUCAAGUCCGGGGGUUGGUGGGAAUUCCACAACGCGAUGCAGCGCGUCGCCACGCUCCUGCUCAAGGAGAUGAAACCGCUCGGUCUCGAGGGCGCGGCGACGUUCGAUCCCGUCGCGGGGAUCAUGCUCUGGCGCGAGCAGCGCAGGGCGGCCGCCGCGAGGAAGCGUUCCAUGGCGGAGCUCUACCCCAACGGGAACGACGACGACGAGACUUACGAACCGGUGCCGGAUCUGCGACCGCUUCGGCGCUCCGGCGCGCACGCCGCCGCCGCGUACGGAUCACUCGCGGCGAUGCUCCAGAACAACAGCAUGCAGGACAAGGCGCACGGGUUCGUGGGCGCGGUGCACGCCGCUUUGGUCUCCUCGGACGGCGACGCGGUGGAGCGAAAGGCGACGCUCGCCGCGGCUCGAAGCGCGGGGGUUGCCCCAACGGACAUCGUCUCAGCGGAUUGGUGCACGCUCGCGUUCUCGCCCGCGUCGUACGUGGCGGUGGACGUCGUGAGCUCCACCGUGGUGGUGGCGGUGAGGGGCACGGUGACGGGCGGCGACCUGCUCACGGACGCGUGCUCCACGAGCGUGCCGUUCUUGGGGGGCUGGGCGCACGCCGGGAUGGUGGCGAGCGCUUGGCAGGUUGUCAAGAAACAGAUGGGACCCGCGGCGGCGGCGCUCGCGAGAAACCGCGGGUUCGGGCUCGUCUUCACCGGGCACAGCAUGGGGGCGGGCGUGGCGGCGAUCCUCACGAUGCUGGUCCGCUCCGGGGACGCGGACAUCAUGGACGCGGCGGAGAAGGAGAUUGAGCGGGUCAUCGAGCGAGGGGACGCGACGAGGGAAGGGGGCGAGAGCGCGAAGGCGGCAAUCGCGGCGGCGCGGUGUCAUUGCUUCGCCGCACCGAGCGUCUGCUCCUUGGAUCUGAGCCUGAGGGCGCGAGAGCACACCGUGUCGGUCGUCGCGGGAAAGGACGUCAUCCCCCGGCUGUGCUACGCGGCCGUGCGGCGGCUGCUGCGGCGGCUCAACCAGGUGGCUCCGUCGCAGCCGAUGAUGAAGGCGUUCAGCAGCCUGUUGGGCGGACGCGAUAAGGGCUACUCGCCGAGGGCCGCCGCGAGGCGACGGAGCGCGGAAACAGGUCGAGCGUCAAUCGCGGAGGACGCGGCGGACCCGUCACCGGCCUCGCCCGUGUCCAAAGACGUUCGGAACGACCAUCCGCCCGAGCCGGAAGGUGCCAGGCUGGCGCCCCUGCACGACUUUGAGCAGAAGCCGCCGCCGCCGCCGCCGCCGCCGACUCGACCCCCGGCGGUCAAGACGGAGCGACUGAAACGACACGUCUCCGACGACCUGACGACUCCCGCGUCCGAGGCCAGGUGCCAAGGGCACUGGGAGGACCUCGAGGGCACUCAAGGGCUGGAGCUCCGCGACCACGGGGCGGUUGACUUUUUGGUGCAGCCUGGCGUCGUCGUUCACCUCCGGCACCUCACCUCCGAGAACGGACCCACCGCGGAGGUUCGGCAUCCGACCGCGUUCACCGAGAUUCCGAUGAGCUCGAGGAUGAUGCUGGAUCACGUGCCGAGCGUGUACCAGGCCGCGAUCGACGCCGUGAUCGCCAAAGAGGAGGAGGCUGUCGCGGCGCGGGCGAAGGCGGCGGCUGAAGCGAAGAGGGAGGUUCGGGAGUUUGGGCCCGGCGGGUACGCGGUGUACGCGCGCGCGGCGGCACGGCUAGAUCGGAGGGCGCGACGGGCGCGACGGCGGCUGCGGCCGCGAUCGGGAGGUCCGGUCCCGGCGAACGGGGGCGGCGCGGUGGACGGCGACGAGGGGGUCCUCGCGCCCGCGACUACGCCCACGAAAAAGGGCGUCGCCGCUGACGAUAACCCCUUCGUGUCCGGGCUCGCCAGGAUGGGCUCGCUGAUCGCCCGGCCGUUCAGGACGAAAGACGACUCGCGAAGGUCCUCACCGGGCGGCGGCGGCGCGGGCGUGGACGGUGGCUCCGACGGGCGCGAGAGCCUCGGGUCUGACACGGAGUCUGAUGACAAUUUUUACGGCGCCGCUAACUUGCGGAUUGGGGACGAAGCCGCGCUCUUCACCCGAACCGAGGCGGCGCCGAUGGACGCGGCGCCGAAACCACGGGCGCCGGCGUCGCGUGAGAGCGACCGAGAGGUUGAGGGGGACCCGCGGCCGAACCCGUUCUUGCAGCGCAUGGGUUCUCUGUUUGGUAAGAUCAAGCGGGACACGAGAGAGAUGUUCAGCGGCGGCGGAGACGUGGAACCCUCGAUGGAGUUGCUGGGAAGCGGCGGCGGUGACCACCCGCUGGCGUACCAGGGAUACAUAGACCAGGCGCUCGGGCGUUAG